UUACAUCUCCAGGAUACUAACAACAAAAAGAGAGAGUGCCAGCACGCAUGCACACGCAGGCAGAGAAAGCAGCUGGCUGUCAGUAACAAGGAUAAGAGAAACAGAGGAGGGAGAUAUGCGUUGAGAAUCAAAAAUGCAAUGGGAGCUGACAUGAAAGGGCAGUGACAGAAAAAUACAAAGGACAGAGAAAACAGAAAGUUCUUCAACACCACUGGAGAAAAAAGCUCUUCUCAAACAGAAUCACAGAGGAAGACUGAUUUGUUCAACUUACAGUUGUAUACAGAGUUCAACGCUAUCAUCUUUAAAUGAUUUAAAGAGAGCUUUGAAUCUGAAGAGUUUUUGUCCAAGAAAUUGGGGAGACUUGUGGAAAGAAAAGAAAAAUGUUUUUGUAAAGGAACAUUGAGUGCUGCAAGCUGUGGACCGAAAACAACAGAAUGUCCUUCAAAGAAUUUCAGAAGGAGCUCAGUGCUGUUGGUUACAAAUUAUGGCUUAAGCUCCAGAGACUACCCAAAGCUGACCCACUGGAGAUUGUCUGUUUUUUUAUUAUUAUCUUAUUCAUUGCUACGAUGCUUUCAAUGAUGAUUAUAGCUUGCAGCUUUUGCUGCGGCUGCUUCUACAAUGGAAAACCAAAAGAGAAGGCCAAAAGGAUUGAGGUUCAGCCUGCAGAUGAUUUAUAAAACUGAAUUU